AUGACUGGCGAAAGCCUCGGUCGCAGCAGACGAGGUAGACCGCCGCUCUUGAAAGAGUACGCUGACCCCAUGAAAAGCCCCAUGGCCCACUCGUCGAUGCAGAUGCAAAAGGCCGCUGCGACCACUACGUUCACCAAACCUUGGAUGCGCGUUUCGGUCUCGGGCGGCGUGUCGCCGUCGCAGAAAAAAAGACGCAGGGACAGUGGUGCCAGCAGCUGCUCAUCGAUUUACUCGUCGUCAUCGUCGUCGUCGUCAUCAACACUCUCACCUACGCAAGCAAUUGGCAAGCGGAAUCGACACAGGGGCACCAUUUUAGCUACUCCAGUCAAACAGCACCCGUAUCUGCCCAAUUCAUCUCCAUUGAUGCCUGCAGACAGUGUGUUCUCGACCGAAGCAAGACGACAACCUUUUCGAAGCUCCCCACUGGAAUCCAGUUGCGGGCUUUCCCAAACCCCGCCCCAUUUCGCAGCUGCCACACGCGAUCGUAAUACUUUCUCUGAUUCUCCAGGAACUGUAGCCCAAUUUAGCUUCUCGCUCUGUAUCGGUGAUGAUGGGAAAGCGAAAAUAGCAGGCACUGACAUUGCAAAGACCCCUAAAUCGAAGAGUUCAAACGAACUUACUGCUCAAAAACCGCCCUUGACUGGCUUCGACAAAUCUGUGGUUCUAGGGCUCUUGAAGAAAAUGAAAAGCUCUCGCAAAGACUCUAGUGCUGUUAGCAAAGUGUCUGUGAUUCGCCCCAGCGAGGUUUUCACAGAUUUCCCACCUUCAUCACCUAAACCAUCGGCUAUUUCCCAACCGACACUUCCAUGGACUCCUAAUUGUACAGCCGUGUUUCAACUCAAGACAGGCUUCACUCCUGGUAAUGCCAUAGACGAAGUGUUAGACCCAAAUCCAAAGCAAAAUGACGCUCAAAGUCAAUUUUUGGGCAAAAAUCGGUCUACCAGCGCGGUGUUUAAAAUGACAUCCGGGGACCCUCUUCUUCUGACAGACGACGACCCAAGCACUGAUUUUCUCGUCAGCCAUGGCCACAAUAUUCAUUCGACUGAAACAUUCUUCCAGCAACUGCUGUCUUCUCCCAGAAAGCCUUAUGCCUAUUUCCAUUCUCCACCGUCUCUCCUAAGUGCUGGGUCCUCGAGGCCACAAUCCAAGCAAGAUCUUCAAACGAGUAGCUUUUUCCCUGGUCAGUUUCCGGGCGAGCCUCCAAGAAGCGCACGCGGGAAAAUGAACGCUCCAACCACACCGCUCGUAGAAAGCGGCCCGGACUAUUCUUUGUCCAUCCAAUGCACACCGCUUAUACAACAAGCGAUGUCCGGAUCUCUAAACAGGGUGAUAGGUGAGCCAGUGCGCCAAAAUGGUGGUGCACCUUUGCAGUCUCCAAGAGCAUUGGAACAAGACGACGCGAGGUUGGCGCUUCGCAGAUUGAUUGGCGGGUCCAACUAA